UAUGACGUCAGAAAUGUUUAUUCAGCAAAUCAAAUCAUUAGAAACAUCUUGGAGUAAGCUAGCUAACGUUAGUUGUCAAAACAUUAAACCUUUCUGAAUAUUUUUAGAAUUGCAAACUCAAAAAAGGUGGAGAUGAGUGCAGAGGCGGCAGACCGUGUGGCUGUGAGCGGCAGCCGGCCGAGCACUCCUCCUCAGACCUCCUGGUUCGAGUUUCUCCUGGAUGAGAUGCUGCUGGAGAACCACCUCCAGAAGUCCCAUCCAGAUCCUGUUCCAGUGCAGCUUGUCAUCCAGUUCCUUGAACAAGCGGCCAAGCCCUCUGUGAAUGAGCAGAACCAAGUCCAGCCUCCUGCAGACAACCGCAGGAACCGCACUCUGAAGCUGUUGGCUCUUAAAGUAGCAGCACACUUGAAGUGGGAUCUUGAUGUAUUGGAGAAAGGCUUGACUAUUCCUGUGUUGAACAUGCUGCUGAAUGAGCUACUGUGUGUGAGUAAGGUUCCACCUGGAGUGAAACAUGUUGACCUGGAUCUGUCCACCUUGCCUCCCACCACUGCCAUGGCUGUCAUCAUCUACAACCGCUGGGCCAUACGAACCAUUGUGUUAAGUAGUUUUCCAGAAAAACAGACAAAACCCGGGCCUCAUCAGAUGAACAUGUUGAAUGUUGUGCAGCAGGAGAAAGAGUUGACUGAAAAUAUCCUGAGCGUGCUGAAAGAGCAGGCAGCGGACUCUAUCAUGGUGUUGGAGGGAUCUCUUGGUCUGAAGAAGGACUUCUACAUCCACACCCUGAGGACUCUGGAUCUGCUGGCUGCCGACCCCAGUACUGCUAACGGAGAAACGGAGUCCUCCACAGCAGGCCUUAGGAUCAGUGCUGAUGAGCUGCACUGUCAGGUGCAUUAUGAUUUGGGAGGUAUUUUCUUUCAACAAGGCUGCUCAGACCAACUGGCGUAUGAGAAGGCUAGAGAGCAUUUUCAACAAACACGAGAGUUGCUGUUGAAGUUCGACUUGACGCUUCACGUUCACCUGGAUGAGAAGCGUCUUGCUGGGUACUGGAACGCCUGCAGGGCCCUGACUGGAGCCUUGGACCCCAGUGACACCCAGCUAAACCCCUACGGACAGAUCAACAGCCUCAUCAGAACUCACAACUACCAGGCUCUUGUAGAGGCUUUCAUCAAAGACAAUGUGUCCCUCAGCUUGCCCAACCACCUCAGACAGUCUGUCCUGAGGGAGUUUUUGCACAAAGUCCAGCAAGGGGAGAGGGGCCUGGACGAAGUGUGUCACAAGCUUUGCGUGUGCAACGCUGUUCGAGACGCCCUGCAAGGGGAGGUCCUCAGUGUGCGUUUUCACCAGCUACUCCACAAGCCAAGGAAGCAUGUGGUGGACUUUAUGCUAGAGGUAUGCACAAGGUCAUUAGACAAGGACCGUUCAUCAGAGACAUCCAAGAGGAAGAUGGUUAUUUUUCUAAAAACCCUGUGUGAGAGCUUGGCAGAGCCCCACCUGGUGUUUGUGGUGACCGCCCACAAGCUGUUCACGGAGCUGCUAAAGGAGGAGGAUAGGAAGAUCCUGGUGGAGCAGAUGAGGAAGAGGUCAGCCACGGUCAACCUCUGUGCCAAGCCUCUGCCCUCCUUCUAUGAUAUCCCAGCUGCGGCCAGUGUCAACAUUGGACAGCUGGAGCAGCAGCUCAUCCUCUGCCUGGACGCCCGCCGCAUCCGGCAGAUCCUAAUUGAGCUGCACAGCAUGGCCGAACGACCCUUCUGGCGGGUUAACAACAAGUGGGAAGUUCCUCCAGAUUACAUCAAUGUGAUACUCAACAUCAAAGACAACCUGACCAAGGAUCUGGUGUACAUCCUCAUGGCCAAAGGGCUUCACUGCAUCACUGUAAAGGACUUUGCCCACACGCGGCAGCUCUUCUCAGCCUGUCUGGAGCUGGUGACUGAGUUCUCUCCUAAGCUAAGGCAGGUGAUGCUAAACGAGAUGCUGCUUCUGGAGGUGCGGGCCCAUGAGACUGGGGUGGCUGAGGGUAGCAAUGUCAGACCCCCACCCGACCUGGUCAGCAGGGUGCGAGGCUACCUGGAGAUGAGGAUACAUGAUCUCCCUCUGCGCCAGAUAGUAGGGGAGGAGUGUGUGGCCUUCAUGUUGAACUGGAGGGAAAAUGAAUACCUGACACUGCAGGUUCCCCAGCAGCUGGUCAUGAACAACCCCUACAUCAAGCUGGGUCAGCUCCUGGCCUCCACCUGUAAGGAGCUCCCGGGUCCUAAAGAGAGCCGGCGUACAGCCAAAGAGUUGUGGGAGGUGGUAGUCCAGAUCUGCAGUGUGUCGAACCAGCACAAGAGAAACAGCGACGGACGUGUUAGCCUCAUCAAACAGAGAGAGUCCAGUAUGGGCAUCCUGCAAAGGAGCCGAUUCAUCACAUUCAUCAAGAAGCUUCGGGAACCACUGGUGCUGACCACCCUUAUCUCACUUUUCGUGAGGUUUCAUAGCAUAGUGCGGGAUGAUAUUGUCAAUGAAGUGACAGCAGAAUACCUUGCCAUUUGGCCAUCAACCCUGGCAAACAUGCAGGCUGUGGAUGUGGAGGCGGUGGCUGUGACGGUUAAAGAGCUUGUGACCUACGCCCUUACACUGAACCCCAACAACCAGUCCUGGCUCAUCACACAGGCCGAUAUCUACUUUGUGACCAACCAGUACUCUGCAGCGUUGCAUUUCUACCUCCAGGCUGGGGCAGUGUGCUCUGACUUCUUUACCAAGGCUGUGGCUCCUGAUGUCUACACUGACCAGGUCCUAAAGAGAAUGAUCAAGUGUUGUUCGAUGCUGAACUGUCACACACAGGUUGCAGUUCUGUGCCAGUUUCUAAGGGAGGUGGACUACAUGACAGCAUUCAAAGCUCUUCAAGAACAGAACAGUCACGAUGCCAUGGAUUCCUUCUAUGACUACAUCUGGGACGUCACCAUCCUUGAAUAUCUCACACAUAUCCACCAUAAAAGGGGUGAGAGCGAGAAGAGACAAAUUGCUAUCAAGGCGAUUGGACAGACUGAGCUGAAUGCCAGUAACCCCGAGGAAGUUCUGCAGCUGGCUGCACAGAAGAGAAAGAAGAAAUUCCUGCAAGCUAUGGCAAAACUGUACUUUUAGAUAAAACCGGGCCACCAAACAUGAGGGAGACUUUUUUUCAAAUAAAUAGUUAUCAGUUCAUAAUUUGUACUCAAUUACCUGUAAGCAGUUUUAUUCCCUGUGUUCAGAGAUGGUAAUCCCCUGGUUUAACAAACAGCACCACUUUAAUAAAUUAAAUUAGCCUUUCAGAAGUAUUCAAGUUUACAGAUUUGACCUCUGCUCCCAUAUACAAGAAAAUACUCUGGCCAGUUUUAGGUACACCACCCUGUUCACAAAAAUGGUUCACUCUGUGGCUUUUUAUAAGGCAGGCAGGCACAGGCAUUCAGUUAUUGUUCAAUUGAAUAUUAAGUGGGCAAAAUAAGUGGCCUGGGCAUGGUAUGAUCGUUGGUUCCAGUAUCUCAGAAACGGCCGCCCUCAUGGGCUUUUCACCCACGACAGUGGCUAGGGUUUACAGAGAACGGUGUGACAAAAAAAAAAAUCCAGUUUGCGCCAGUCCUGUGCUCAAGGGGGGUCUGAUUUGUUAAGAUGAGUGUACCUAAUAAACUGUCCAUUGAGUACAUGUAGUUAAUGCCAUACUCUGCAAUUGAUUUAAAGGAAUAGAAUCUUCCAGAAAUACAAUUCAAAAAACUCUUCACAUUUUAAUGUUCUGGUAUAUUAAUCUGUGUAUUUAAAAAUAGAAGUUAAAGAUUAAUUCAUGGGCUUCUCUGUGCUGUUGGGGGGAGUCAGGAAUUGGUGCUCCAAUUCCCUCCUCCUGGCAUCCUCCUGAAAGGAAAAAGAUACGAAGUGGUUGGCCAAAGCUUAAUCCCAAUUCACCCAUUGAGAAUCCUUCCUUGACAACUGUGUUACUUACAGCAACCACAGUAUGGAAAUCGAAUAAAUUAAGUCAAUGGUGUCUGAGGUACUAAGUACUCACCAGCAUGAGUAGGUAUCUUAAGUGUCUGAACGUUAUGCCUGUCCUCAGAGGCUACUUUGAUAAAGUCCUUCAACUGUGCCCUGUCCAGGACAUCCCACGUCAGACCAGGGAGAGCGAGAGACAACCUCUCCUCAGUAAUCACAUUGCAAAAAAGUCUCUUAUAUUUCCUCCUCAAAAGCAAAACCAUAGAUAAAUUACUGGUAGUUUCUCACCUGAUACUUUUUCUGCCACUUCAUACGGUAGGUAAUGACUAACGCUGCAGCCGCCCGCACCCGAUACUGAUAGUCCAAUGAAUUGAUAAGAGGAUGCACAGAUCUAAGCUGAGAACGACAGGUAAAUUGCAAAUAUGUGCACUGUAAGUAAUUUGACUAAUUUGGGGUCAUAAUACAGUGCCUUCGGAACGUAUUCAUACCCCUUAACGCAUUCCACAUUUUGUGUCAGACCAGGUAUUCUCAAACGGGUACGCCAUAUAAAAAUGUGAUUCACAUAAAAAUAAAAUACAAAUUUUAAACACUGGCUAAUCAUUUGGUUGAGUUUCUCUCUUGCCUGAGUAGCAUCGUUUCACUGCCCAAAAUAAAACCAUGUAGUGUUCAGCGAAAUAACAACCCAAUGUCAAAUACAGGUAGCCUAGUCAAAUAACAUUCAGUGUUGCCAAUUUAGCGACUUAGUCGCUAUAUUUAGCGAGUAUUCAGACCCCUCUGGCGACACAUUUUCAAAAAAGCGACUUGCGACUUUUUUCUGGUGUUAAUGAAGGUUUUUGUAGACUGACGUGAAAGCACGUAUCGUUCUUACUCUUCUCAACGAGCAGCGGGUCCCCGGUCCCAGUCCCAAAGCACUCACAGGCGGUCCAGUACCGGUGCUGCAGUCAGAGCAGAAGAUGUUCACCCCUCCGCGUCCAGACUGCAAAUGAAUCGCGCAUGCGGGAAGCCGCCGCUGCCUGAUCCCGCCCUGGUUUACAUAAAAAAUAAAAAAAAAUUCACCUGAAUUAGGGCCGGACUAGUUACCAUCAUUUUCUCACAUUGUCAUUGCCAUUUGUUUUAUAUUGUCUCUUUUUGGUCCAUUUAGAUUAUUCAUGUAGAUUGUAUUUAAAAAAAUGUUAUGGUCAAAAAUGUUCAUGUUUUACUGUGACUUGUUGUUGGCUCCAAAGUGGACCAUAAGGUUAAAAACCAAACCAAAUUAAUUAAACUAAGUAACUCCG